ACUUCCUCAGGUGCGUUUGAGGACAAGUCAUUUGCAUCUUUGGCGGAAGUGGUCAGUGAGAAUACACUGAAGGGAGUGAAGGAAAUGGGCUUUGAAACCAUGACUGAGAUCCAGCACAAGACCAUACGACCUCUGCUGGAAGGAAGAGACGUGUUGGCUGCAGCUAAAACAGGAAGCGGUAAAACACUAGCUUUCCUGAUUCCCUCCAUUGAGCUUAUCUACAAACUCAAAUUUAUGCCCAGAAAUGGGACUGCAGUGGUCAUAUUGUCUCCCACUCGUGAGUUGGCCAUGCAGACGUAUGGUGUUCUAAAGGAGCUGAUGACUCAUCAUGUGCACACAUAUGGCCUCAUCAUGGGCGGCAGCAACCGUUCUGCUGAAGCCCAGAAACUCGCCAAUGGAGUCAAUAUCCUGGUUGCUACACCUGGCAGACUUCUCGAUCACCUGCAGAACACACCCGGGUUCAUGUUUAAGAACCUUCAGUGUCUGAUCAUUGACGAGGCUGAUAGGAUUCUAGAGGUUGGCUUUGAGGAAGAACUGAAGCAGAUCAUCAAACUACUGCCUAAAAAAAGACAGACCAUGUUAUUUUCCGCAACACAGACACGUAAGGUGGAGGAUCUUGCACGAAUCUCCCUCAAGAAGGAGCCGUUGUAUGUGGGGGUGGACGACAACAAAGACACGGCCACAGUGGAAGGACUAGAACAGGGAUAUGUCGUAUGUCCUUCGGAAAAACGUUUCCUGCUGCUCUUCACGUUUCUGAAGAAGAACCGCAAGAAGAAGCUGAUGGUGUUCUUCUCGUCUUGCAUGUCUGUGAAGUUCCACUAUGAGCUGCUCAAUUACAUUGAUCUGCCUGUCAUGGCCAUCCACGGGAAGCAGAAACAGACGAAGCGAACCACAACGUUUUUCCAGUUCUGUAACGCAGACUCUGGUAUUCUCCUCUGUACGGAUGUGGCUGCCAGAGGUCUCGAUAUCCCAGAGGUGGACUGGAUUGUUCAGUACGACCCACCCGAUGAUCCAAAGGAGUAUAUUCACCGUGUGGGACGAACAGCUCGUGGUAUUAAUGGUAGAGGACAUGCCCUCCUGAUCCUAAGACCAGAGGAGCUCGGCUUUUUACGAUUUCUCAAACAGGCCAAAGUCCCUCUGAGUGAGUUUGAGUUCUCCUGGGCUAAAAUCUCUGAUAUUCAAUCUCAGUUGGGGAAGCUGAUAGAGAAGAACUACUACCUUCACAAAUCAGCUCAGGAGGCCUACAAAUCCUACGUCAGAUCUUAUGACUCGCAUUCCCUCAAACAAAUCUAUAAUGUAGAGACACUCGACCUCCCGAAAGUGGCAAUGUCCUUUGGGUUUAAAGUGCCACCUUUUGUGGACCUCAAUGUUCACAGCAGUAAAGGGGUGAAGAUGCAGAAGCGAGGUGGCGGCGGAGGCUUUGGCUACCAGAAAUCUAAGAACGUCCACAAGGCCAAGAUCUUCAAACACGUCAACAAAAGGAAAGGAGAUGGUAGACAGUUCUCACGCUGAGAAUAAGAUCAAUCUUCUUUGUGAUGCACCUCUAUAUGGAGUAACUGUCAGACUACACAAUUGUCAUUUUGUUAAUUUGUUCUCAGUCGUUUGAGAAGAGCUCUGAUCAGUCUGCAUUCCAUGCCUGUACAGAAAUCUGUUUUCAGAAGCCGUUAUGUAAUGCUGAAUUUUGAUUGUUACUGGCCCAACUCAUUAAAUAUAGAAACUUAUAUUGUGAAUAAUUCUUCAUGCUGUCUCCUCUCUCCACAUGAGAUUGAACCUACAAGCUUAGUGGCAACCAGGGUUUGAUAGAUCAGCCUUUGGAUUUUCAUUUAUGUAUUUUUCAAAUGGCUCAUACAGAAAACAUUUUCCGUGCUGUUUCACAGAAUAGAAAAUUCUGAGAUUUAAUAAUUUAUUUAUGCAACCAUGUAACAA